AUGGCGGCCCCGCCAAACCCCACCACUACCGUCCACCCCUCCCUCCAUGUCGUUCCUCUCCCCGGCCGCGGUAUGGGCUCCAUCGCCACUGCCCGCAUCCCGCGAGGCACCCGCCUCGUCUCCGACGCCCCCGUCUUCGCCGCCACCAACACCCUGUGGAAGAACGAGGAGCUGCUCGCUCAGCAGCUCAUCCCCCUCUACGCCGGCCUCCCCGCCGACCAACGAACCCGCAUCGACAACCUCGCGGCCAAUCCGGAGGCGGUGGCCAGGUGGGCCAAGUUCUUUGGGACUGAGGACGCCGUUGCCGAGGCGGAGGCGUCGUGGGCCACUGAUCCUGAUCCUGCCGCCGCUACUUCCUCCUCCUUAAGUGUCGCCCAAAGGGCCCAUAUCAUGGCCUCCUGGAACACGAACUGUUUCGGACUCUAUAAUAACGAGAGUGCGGCCAAAUGGGCGGCUGUUAUCGCGCCCACGGCUGCCCGCUUCAACCACGCUUGCGUCCCGAACGCCACGUUCGCGUGGAACGAUGCCGUGGGUGCGAUCACGGUGCAGACGAUCAAGGAGGUUGAUGAGGGGGAGGAGCUGACGAUUGCGUACGUGGAUUCAAUGAAGAGGGGGAAGAAGAGAAGGGAGGCGUUGAGCCGGCAGUACGGCUUCGUCUGCGACUGCCCGGCCUGCGCGGACGGCAAGGAGGAAGAACUCAAUGAGAUGAGGAAGAGGACCGAGGAGCUGAGAGAGAUACUGGGGAGGGAGGCGAAAAGGGGAGAGGAUGGAAGGGAUGGGGAGAUAGCUAAGAUGGCGGUGGAGGAGGGUGUGACGCUGCACGAGAAGACCGGGCUGGUGGGCGUACAUCUGGCAGACUUCUACAAAGCCGCCUUUGCCGCUACCGGAGACCGCCUGUAUCUGGAAGAGGAGCUGCGUGUCCGCACGUACUGCCUUGGAGAUGACCAUCCGCUUGUCAAAGCGCUCACGGAGAAGUUGACGGGCGUUUGA